AUGACCAAAGAUGAGGCACUUGAGAUGAUGGUAGAGUAUCUGGGGGCUAACUCAGGGGAGGCGAUGAAGGAGUUGGAUAAGACUAGGGGUGUUCAUGCUAGAUUUGUAUACCUGAAGAAGGUGGUGCUCCACAAAUCACAUGCAUUAAGAGCAUACAUGCUUUAUUUGGUUGGCACUGUGAUUUUUGUGGACAAGAGUGUCACCUAUAUAGACGUCAUCUACUUAUGUUACUUAGUGGAUUUCGAGCGGAUCCAUGAGUACAACCGGGGGGCGGCUUAUUUGGUCUACCUGUAUUUGAAGCUGAGAGAGGGUUGUAUGCGGAAGACGAAGCAGGUCACAGGAAGUGUCACACUAAUGAUGCACUUCCCGCGCAUCUCUGGUUGGGCGAGUGUACCUGAUUACAUUGAGGAUAUGCCGUGUGCUACUACUUUUAUCCCGCUCAGAGGGAACCAGGAGACUGAGCCUUACAUAGUCUAUCUUGACCAUUUGGUUGCCGAGGAUAUGCAUUUAAACAACUAUGUUGAUCACCGUGAGAAACGGCCAUUUAAGGAGAUAGUGAUAUACUCUGGAUGGAUAGCCUGUGGAUCACGUCUCACUGCUCUUCAUCUUCCUGAGCGCAUCAUGCGGCAAUUCUACUACACUCAGACUAUUCCCAGACACCCCGUUGUCUCUGCUCCUUCUGCCUUGACACGUAGACAGAUAGAGGACAUGUUUGAUGAUUAUGAGAGUCAUCUGGUACCGAAGGAGGAACGGGCUAGCAUAGCUGAGAGCGAUUGGAGCUAA